AUGGACAACACUCCUGGUCCCAGUCGACGGAAACGAACGAACUCUGAUGUCGACAGCCCCGUCCAGCGCACCCCCAAACGAAGCCGUACAAUGAUGCCACCACCCGCAGUAUGGACUCCUUCAACACGCGACCCCAGCAAGUACUUCUCCCUCAACCCCGACAGCCCUCCUCGUCGUCCCCCCAGUUCGGUCGCGUCUUCGUCUGCUUCGGGCACGAGUCGGAGCUCGGUCCCUGCAUCGACGCGUGGGCUCGUAAGAAGCGCCUCUUACUCGUCUUUCCACUCAACGGGCCAGGAUUCGCUCGCUGCGUUCCAUGCCACCCUUCCCGAAGGUUCCGCGUAUUAUAACCUUCGGGCUACACGCCUUGCAAUCGACUUUUCGCUACCCCUUGCUACCGGUUCCAACUCCGAGUCGACUACUACAGAGCCUACUCCUCCAGCCAGUCGACGAUCUUUGCCAUUGGCGUAUUCUGCCCAACAGAUCCUUUAUUUUGGUCGGGGAAAUCGCGUUCACUAUCGCUCCAUGGUCAACAUUCCGAACAACGCGGAGGUCGGGCAACUAUGCCGAAUCCAAGACAAACACGGGGAUCUGGCGCUUCUCGAGGCUGGUGGUAUCGAGCAGCGCGAUGGCACUGUUGCACUUGCGACAACAACAGGAAAUAUCCAGCUCUGGGACACGGAGGCGAAGAAGCUGGUUGUAGGGUGGACUACCAAAGAAGCCUCUGCUCUUUCUUGCUACGGCAAUAUUGUCACCGUCGGCACAGCUAAAGGUGGCAUCCGACACUACGACAUUCGCAUUCAACCGACAAAGAAGAUGAAGGAACAGGCCACAAAAGUUACACGGCAUGAAGCCCGCAUUGGCGCUCUGCAAUGGAAUAUUGAUGGCCGUUUGAUUGCUAGUGGCGACGAUAAUGGCGUCGUGUUCACUUGGGAUACCCGCACUAAAACUCCUUUGGAUGUUGGCGAGUUUUACCAACGACGGAAGAAGAUGCAACACGAGGGAAAGAUUUCGGCGCUUGCUUGGUGUCCCUGGCAGCCGAGGCUCUUAGCCACAGGCGAUACGCAGGGCUCAGUUAGGCUUUGGAACGUGGACGCCAUCUCAGGCUCAAAUGCCACCACUCCUUCGCAAUUCCAGACAGGCAGCGAACUGGUCGGAUUGCAUUUCUCGGCCAAUUUCAAGGAACUACUCACGACUGUUGGUCCUGCUGUUCCUCCUCAGACCAUCAACCAUAGCAAUAUCCUCUGGCCGUUAGGCCCAACUCUUGCAUCAACAAACGCAGUGGCCGUAUAUUCGCUGCCGGCUUUUCGUCCGAUUACCCGAGAAAGUGUGCUUCUGGCCUCAGAAACCAGCUUCGUUGCUGGCAGUGUUUUAAGUCCGAUGAACACCAACGCGCCGCAGAAGCUUGUGGUAGCGCUCCCAGAAGAAGGAAAACUCAAGGUUUACGAUAUAUGGGGAAGGCGGAAAGAAGUCAAGCGUCAAGCAAGUUGGCUAGGGCCGAUUAUUAGAUGA